CUUAAAGCAAUCAAACCAAAUUAUGCAACAGAAUCUCUCGAGACAUCUUUUAAUUGGGAUGAAAUAGCAACCAGCAUUAAGGAUGUCGAAGGAGAAUGGUAUGCCGUUGCUUUUCGAUCUAUCCGAAGAGUGGACGCAGAUAAUAAAUUAUUGUAUGAAGCUGAUGCUAAAGCUUACAAUGAAGCAAUGCUUCAUGGAGAUGAUUCAAUUAAAGCAACUCAAAAUCGUCUUCAUGCUGAUGCAAAGAGAUUAACUAACUCAAUGUAUGAAACCUAUACCUUAGAAAG